AGUCGACGCCAGCGAGGGCUGGCAAGGCGCUGUCGUCUUUUCACGCCAAGCCGGGCGCUGGAGCGAGGAAGGCCGCAAGAUGGCGGCGGGCGGGGUGGCGUUGAGCUGGGAUGUACCGCCCAAGAAUGGACAGGAAGUAUAUUUCUCGCACGAUCUUUAUGAAAAAUAUUCACUGGCUCCAACCCUCUCUGAGCUGCUGUUGUUAACCAAAAGAAAUGCGGAAAGCAGUACAGACCAAUCGAAACCUGGAAAAGAAAUCGGCGCUUCUGGUGGACAAGAAUCAGCCAAAGCAGAAGUUAAGCCUUCGGCGGAUCCCGCACCUUUCCAAGAGCCCAGAGUUCCCUAUCCUUACGUUUCUAGUUUGACAGAGAGAGAACAGAGGAGAUACUUAUUUCUGAUGUCUACCUACUUAAAUGCGGAGCCCAGCCUGACCGAUAUGUCACCACAAAGUGAUUAUUCACAGUACCUGCAAAUGAAAGAAUUUGUCAGCAAGGAGGUUGCGGAAUUUCUGAAGUUUGCCCAGAACGCGGCUCGGGCGUGCGCCAAAGAUUACGACUCCAUCUCCGAAAAGGCGUCGCUGUACUCUGAGCAAUAUUUAAGCUCUUGCUUGGGCUUUGUGAAAAAUUAUCCUGAAUGUUAUAUCCUGCACGAAGUGACCAGCAUCAUGGGAGGAAAGUUUUGCCCGGAGCUGACCUUAAAACUGGAAGCUAGCCUUCUCGCUCUGGGGAAGGUGAACAUCAUCAAGGUGCACUUUCCAAACAUGCCUGCCCAGAUACAGAUUCCCGUUAAUCUAAAAAACGAAUCAUCCGUUGCGACUCCAGAACAGAGGGCGUCCCUACUGCACCAGGCUAUCAGCACAGACCCGACGGCAGAGAAGCUGGCGGAGAAAUAUGGUCCUCAGGUCGUGCUGACGAGCGAGUCCUUAUUUACCUUGCUGAACAACCAUGGCCUGAACUACAAGGAACAGUGGGAGCUUCCGGUUUUGGUGAAAAACAUCUCUGUGGCAGGUACAGGUAGCAAACCAGCCAGGGUGGUUUACAUCGAUCCCCCACUCCUAAAGAAAGAGAUGACCGUGAGAGAGAAGAACCACCUUUUUCACGCGUUCCUGGCGGAUUUUCACACGACAAAACAGUCCCACGUUUUGGCACGCGGCGCCGUGUUGGACAAGCCCCGCAAGGACCCUGAGAACCCGAACCCUCUCGAACCUCCCCAUGGUCCGCAGAUGCAAAUAUCUGACCCAGCGGAUCUAGAUUUUGAGACGGAUGUCACGGAACUCGAAACGUUUGGCUCAACCUCGAAGGCCCUGAACGUUCCCGAACCACAGAGUGUGCCCGCAAAACCAGCUCAGGCCCCUAAAAUUGGGUUGGAGGAGCUCUUGAAAAUGGAGAAGCGGCUGUUGUCGGAAGUGAGCGGCCGCACGGGCGAAGGAAGCGGCAGAGUUGGCGACCGUCUGGCUUCGGCAGACGGCAGCGGUCAAAGUUCAAGCAAGCCUCCCUCGACGGGUUCUGUCUUGGGAGAGGUUUGCAAAGCAGAAUUCUUGGGUCAAGGUUUUGAAUCUGCAGCAGCUGGACCAAGCUGCGACGGAGCAGCGGCCGUCAAAGAAGAUAAAAGUGACAAUCGGCCCAGCGUUCCUCCUUGCGAUAGUGACGCUGACGAAGAACCUUUGGUAAUCGACACCGAAAACACCGGUGCCAGUGAACCGGUUGUGACCUCUCCAAACCGAAGCCCGGCAGCAGAUAUUUCCACGCUUCCUCGCUCUGCGCAACACCGGCCUGAAGAAGCAGCCGAGCCUUUAGAGGGCCCAAACCAGGAAACGGAUGUUCCUGAAAAAUCAUGUCAACAGUUGCCUAGAGAGUUUAAACCUGUCGGGCAGAUCUUGGAAACGCAAACGGCACUCCUCGAAGAGCCGUCUCCCAACUCUCCUGGGAAGGCAGAGGGGAGUUUUGAAAGCUGCCCGAAUCCUGCACGGAGCCAGACGCCUCUGGUGGUGGAAGCCUCGGUAGCUUCUACUGUGGAGCCUGGACAAAGCCCCACUGUGGAGACAGGUGCCCUACCCAAGAGGAACUGGUUGUCCUUCUUUCAGAGAUCUCAGAAAGGGUCUCUUCGGGACACUGUUGAAAAUCACUCCGAAUACGACGCCCCCGAGCAGGGCAACCUGGUUUACAAACUGUUCAGCCUGGAUGACUUGCUGUUGCUCGUGCGCUGCUCUAUACAGAAGGUACAGCUCUGGCCGCGCAGCAAGAAAGUCAAAAUCAAGAGGCACCACCCCGUUUACGUCUUGCCGAAGCUGGAAUACCAAGCCUUUUACGGAGCAGAAGCGUUAACAGAAGGCGAAAUAUGUCGACUGUGGACUGAGAGUUUAUUGCAUUCCAACUGUUCAUUUGUGGUCGCUCAUAUCGACGCCCUCACUUCAAACCUCUUCCUGGUUGAAGAUCUGUCUGCAGAAGACUUGAGAAGAAGAUUUGGCUCGUUUAAGCCGGCAAGUUCACUAAAUAUCCUUCAACAUAUCUUGAAGACGGUGACGGGGUUGCAGGAGGGCUCCUACCUCUUGAGUCACGCGGCAGGCGACUCGUCCGUCACGAUCCAUCAGAGCUGCCUUGGGAAAGGAACGAGGGGAACGUACAACUUGCACAAGGCUCACGGUGACCUGCCUGGUGUACCUUCCACCCUCUCUGUCCCGUGGGUGCCGCUGGAUCCCAACAUCCCUUUACCUUACCACUACGCUCAAGGACGGGUCCCCUGCACUUUCUCACCGAGACCAGCGGGCUCCAAGAAGGGUCGCAAGAUGAGUGGGGCGAACACCCGCCCCGACGCACCUAACCGCAGAAAGCAAGUUUCCAUGGAACCAAACAACGAAGGCCCUCCUCCCACGAAGCCUUUUAGAAAGAGACCGGGACCUCCUGCACAGAACAAGGCAACAAUGAGAAAUGUCUGCAGGCAGGCCAGCCGGGGGCCAAACUGGAACUUCUGCAAGCAGUCAAAGAGAAGCAAAGAUGAUCCAACUUAGUCCUCCUAGACUGGACCCAGGGGGUGCUUUGUUAACAAAUGAAGUAACUGCGGUGUUGGGGACAAAGUCCUAAGGUGGCUCAACAGGUCCACAGGACUCCGCAUUUGGACGUUGUUGCAAGACCCUGCAAGUUUUCCUGUCAAGAGGGAAAAAUCAGAUUAGAGCCUCUCUUUACUCAUGGCAAGCCCGCACUUGAAGAAGGGCUGUUGCCAAGACACAACAAAUAAAAUCUAGGCAUGCUUUCUAAGA